CAGCCGAGGCGCCGAGUGAUCUCGUAGUCUUGUGCGAGAUCGGUUGCCGACGCGUCCGAUCCGGCGCAUCUCUCUCUCUCUCUCUCUGUCCCUCAAUCUCACUCAGUCAGUGCAACGCCGAGCUUUUCGCAUCAUCGCAGCGUGUGGACGAUGCCACCGCCGAUCCGAGGGUGAACGGCCUCGUGUAUACACUCGUAUACGCGCGUGUGUUUGUGCGCGCAUUGACACUCUCUCGCGUCGCGUAUAAAGUAUAGCAUGUGCCGAUCGACGAGGAGAUCGUCAGCGCGUCUCGACCCAUCGAAGCGAUCCUGAAGCCCAGCUAUCGUUACCACCGGUCGCCACUGCCACUGAUGAUUAAGCCGGACCCUCGGCAAGAUGAUCAGCAAGUCGAUCCUCGGCGCCGUUCUGCUGCUGCUGCUCGCUCUGCCAGUUGACUCCCGCCGACUGGGGGAGAUCGACGCUGACGAGAGAGAGGCGCGACGCCAGAAAUUCAGCGUAGACCAGCUGCUCAACACCAAGUUCCCGAACCUCAUCAGCGGCGACCUGGACCUCGACGUCUGCAAAGCCGGAGGAUUUUUGGGGGACAUAGCGCUGCCGAAUAUCAAGUACGAGGAGGAGUGGCGACGACAGAAGCUCAACCAGAGCUACUUGGAGCAGAUCGAGAAGUACAGGGACGAGGUGCUCAAUGAGGGACUGCAGGUCGAGGAGGAGGGUCUCACCGAAAUCUUGCAGUUCAAGAGCGAACACGAGGCCUACGAGGAGGAGGAGGAGGAGGAGGAGAGGAAGGACGACAAGUUGCCCGGGCUCCAGGAUCGCGGCUUCGUCUUCAGUUUCGAGAAGGAGGCGACGGAUUCGACGACGGAGCCCACUAGCACGCAGAGGCUCGUGGAGCCUGCCACCUUCCACUCGGAUGACAUCCCCGAGCCUGUGGACAUCUACAGCGACAGCUUCUCCACUGAUCGGGCCGUAGCCCAGAACCGGCGACGGCGGCGGCACAAUCGAGGAAAAUCGUCGGAGAAGCGCGAGCGCAAGCGCAAGGCCAAGAGCGGAGAAUCGAGGCUGCAGCAGCGACCGCUGCUCCGGCGGAGACGCGCCGCGACGGCCCGCAAGGAGCGCGUCUGGGACCACGGGGUCAUCCCCUACGAGAUCGACGGCAACUUCAGCGGGGCCCACAAGGCCCUCUUCAAGCAGGCCAUGCGCCACUGGGAGAACUUCACCUGCGUCAAGUUCGUCGAGCGCCUGGCCCACGAGCACCAGAACUACAUCGUCUUCACCGAGCGGCCCUGCGGCUGCUGCUCGUUCGUCGGCAAGCGGGGCAACGGGCCCCAGGCCAUCAGCAUCGGCAAGAACUGCGACAAGUUCGGCAUCGUCGUGCACGAGCUCGGCCACGUCGUCGGCUUCUGGCACGAGCACACGCGGCCCGAUCGCGACCGACAUGUCCAGAUCAUCCGUGACAACAUAAUGAACGGCCAAGAGUACAACUUCAACAAGCUGACCGAGGACGAGGUGAACUCGCUGGGGCUGCCCUACGACUACGACUCGAUAAUGCACUACGCGAAGAACACCUUUUCCAAGGGCACCUACCUCGACACCAUUCUGCCGAUGGAGAGCCACGGGAAGAAGAGGCCGGAAAUCGGGCAGCGCGUGCGGCUCAGCGAAGGCGACAUCGCGCAAACGAAUCUCCUCUACAAGUGUCAGAAAUGCGGCCGUACGUUCCAGGAGAACAGCGGAAGCUUCGGCUCGCCGAGCCAUCCGAACAGCUCGCCUUCGAACGAUGUCGAGCGCUGCGAGUGGCGGAUCACCGCCACCCACGGUGAGCGCAUCGUCCUCAAUAUCACCUUUCUAGAUAUAUUCAAGAGCGAUUACUGUCGCAGUGAUUAUCUCGAGAUACGCGACGGCUACUGGCACAAGAGUCCAGUUCUCGGCCGCUUCUGCGGCAGCGGCAAGAUCCCCGAGCCGGUUGUGUCGAGCAGCAGCCGCAUGCUCGUCACCUACGUCACGUCCUCGCGGCAAAGCGGUCACGCGGGCUUCAGCGCCAAUUACGAGGCCGUUUGCGGGGGCGACGUCAAGCUCGACUCCAUGGGACACCUCGAGUCGCCCAACUACCCCGAGGAGUACCAGUCGAGCAAGGAGUGCGUCUGGAGGCUCUCGGUGCCCCAGGACUAUCAGGUCGCGCUCAAGUUCCAGUCGUUCGAGAUCGAGAGCCACGACAACUGCGUCUACGACUUCGUCGAGGUGAGGGACGGGCACAGCGCCGACUCGCCCCUCAUCGGACUCUACUGCGGAUACAAGCUGCCACCGGAUAUCAGGUCGACGGGCAACAAACUUCUCCUCAAGUUCGUCAGCGAUAGCAGCGUGCAGAAGGCCGGCUUCUCGGCCACCUUUAUGAAGGAGUUCGACGAAUGCGCCUUGACCGACCACGGCUGCGAGCACGACUGUAUAAACACUUUGGGAGGAUUCGAGUGUUCCUGCAAGAUCGGCUACGAGCUGCACUCGGACGGCAAACAUUGCGAAGACGCUUGCGGGGGCGUGUUCAACGCGAGCAACGGCACCAUCACCAGCCCCUCCUUCCCCGAGACUUACCCCGGCAACAAACACUGCGUCUGGGAAAUCGUGGCACCGCCUCAGUACCGCAUCACCCUCAACUUCACUCACUUCGACCUCGAGGGCAAUAACGUUUACGAGCAGCCCUGCGAGUACGACUCGCUCGAGGUGUCCAGUAAACUGGGCGACGAUAUCUUCAAGAAGCACGGCAUCUACUGCGGCUCGCGAUUCCCGCCGCUCAUCACCUCCGAGGGCAAUACCCUCAAAGUCGUUUUUUCCUCGGACAACAGCAUGCAAAAAUCCGGCUUUGCGGCGAUAUUCUUCACCGACAUGGACGAGUGCGCGAACAACAACGGCGGCUGUCAGCACGAGUGCAAAAACACGAUCGGCUCUUAUCACUGCUCCUGCCACAACGGCUUCACCCUCCACGACAAUGGACACGACUGCAAGGAGGGCGGCUGCAAGUACGAGAUAACGUCGCCCUCGGGGACCAUCACCUCGCCCAACUACCCGGAUUACUAUCCAGGCAAGAAGGAUUGCGUCUGGCACUUUAUUACCACUCCCGGCCAUAGGAUCAAAUUGAUCUUCAAAGUCUUCGACAUGGAGCCGCAUCAGGAGUGCGCCUACGAUCAUGUGGCGAUUUACGACGGAGACUCGCCGGAUAGUACAAGUUUAGGACGCUUCUGCGGCAACAAAGAGCCGCAUCCGAUUCUGGCGACGGGCAAUCAAAUGUUCAUGGUUUUUAAGAGCGACACGUCCAUUCAGAAGCAAGGCUUCUUCGCCCAACACAUGACAGCCUGCGGCGGUCAUCUGACGGCGACGGAUCACGUCAAGUAUUUCUACUCGCACGCGCGUUACGGCAGCCAGAAUUACGAUCACGGGAUGGACUGCGACUGGACUAUCGAGGCGCCGAUUGGCAAGAACGUUCAUCUUAACUUCCUAUCCUUCAGUCUCGAGGACGAAGUCGACUGUAGCUAUGACUGGGUCGAGGUGCAUUCGGGCCUGGAUACGUCGAGUCCUAGCUACGGAAGGCUCUGUGGAAAUUCGAACACCACGGAUAUCAUAUCGAUCAACGAGGCCCUGCUCGUGCGCUUUAGGUCCGACGACUCGAUCUCAAAGACUGGCUUUGCAGCCACCUACUUUGCCUACGACCGUCCCGAGAGCGAAGAGCUCGUUGGCGGUGAGGACGAAGAGGAGGACGACUCGACGAUCAUUUGAUUGCGCGACGAUGCUUUCGGUUAAUCGUCUCGUUUCUUCUGUGAGUGCCAUUUAGAAACCCCAAUAUUCACAAGAGACCGGAAUAGCCUUACGGUUUUCAAGACCGCGAAAAUUUCGGAUUCUGUUAGAUUAGGUAAAUUAUUUAUAUGAUCAAUUUUCGUCAAACCUUGCCGGCAUACAAAUCAACUUCGUAACAUCGGAGUGGCUCUUUAAACCAAUUGCAGUUGCCGCUGGAAUUUACUCGUUGAGCAACAUUUUACAGUCAGUGGGUUGACUGAUAUUAUUAGAAUUUAAUAUAGUGAUUUAUCUCGUUCUCCUCUUUCCAUUUAUCUUGCUCUCUAUCUAUUAACUAAAAAUUAUGGAACCUUUUAAAAUUGCCAUUAUUUAUUUCAUUUUUAGAAUAAUUUAAAUACUUAUCAGUAACUGCUAAAAUGCAUUAUUCAUUAUUAUUACAUCGUCAGUGAUCUCGUAACAUAUCCGUAGGAUACUUUUGAAUGAAUUUUAAUCUUUCCUUUUGACAUUUCUGUAAAUAAGAACGUUUUCUUAGAGUAGUAUUUUCUAUACAAAAUACGUUAUAUUGAUAUCGUGCCGUUUUCUAUAUUUACGUAAAAAACUAGUCUUAAAUCACAUUUCCAUGUAAUUUCCAAAGCAAUACAUAGGUAUAAUUUUAAAUUCACGUAUUAGAUUUAAGAAAAAACAGACUAUGAUUAUAUUAAAACAACUUAGUAAUGCAAUACAAACUAGAAUUAGUACAAAAUAUAAUUAUUCAUCAAUACUCAUAUGGGUUUAUAUCUUUGUACAUUUUUCACUUCACUUUUUGAUAUCAAGAUGUAUGCAAGUAAUGCUCGUUUUGCGGUAUACUUGUUGGCGAAUAGAUUUUACAAAUUGUUAAAACUAUUACAUUUCAUAGGGAUUUAAAGUGAAGUAAGCAAUUCAAUGUCAUAAGAUGUGAAACACAUGUAAUAAAUAAGAUAAGGAAUAAAAUAUAAUCGAAAACACAAA